AGAAAAGAAGUCAGGUGAAGGUAACACGGGUACACCAUCAAAAGAUAAAAGGAUAAGUCCGUCUGAUGUUGGAAACUCUGCGAUAUCAAAACCUAAUCUUCCCAAGGCAAGUCCAGAUGCAGCGAAGCAUUCGGACAUGGACAGACCGGUAGUAUCAUAUAACCAAAAACGUCUUACGAACGAUGACAAAAAAGAAGAUAAACGUCAAGAGGAAACCGUAGAGGACAAGCUCAGACAAUCACUGGAAAAUAACGAACAACUUUUAAAACGCUGCAAUGAUAUUCAGAAAGAAUACGAAAAUGUUAAAAAGGAUUAUGCAGAAAUGGAGAGGAAGUUCGAGUCUAUUUCAAAAGAAAAAGAAGACCUACUGGUGACGAAUAAUACGGUCACAAAAGAGAGGGACGAAACGAUUCAGGCAUACAAGGAAUUAGGGGGAAAAGAUAUCGAUAAUCAAGGGACGAUAUUAGAACUGAAAACAAACGUGUCAGACAUUCAAAAAAGAUAUAAUGAUAUGGAAAAUUGCAAGUCUAAGGUAGAAAACCAGUUAACAGAAGAACAGAAGUCAUGGAGGCAAGAAAAAUGUAGACACAAAAAUGAAAUAGAAAAAGCAAAUAAGGCAUAUAAUGAAGUGACAAAGCAGUUAAAAGAAGAACGGAAGUCGUGGACGCAAGAAAAAAGUAAUCUGCAAAAAGAGCAUGAUGAUGAAAGUAAAAAGCACAAAAAGGAAAUUGAUAAGUUAAAUAAGGCAUAUAAUGAAGUGACAAAGCAGUUAAAAGAAGAACGGAAGUCGUGGACGCAAGAAAAAAGUAAUCUGCAAAAAAAGCAUGAUGAUGAAAGUAAAAAGGACAAAAAGGAAAUUGAUAAGGCAAAUAAGGCAAUUGGCAGUCUUAACCAGAAAGUGGCAGAUAAAGAGGAAGAACUUAAGAAAAAGAAGAAUUUUAUGGAGAAGCUCAUACGAGAAAAGAAAGAAGUCGAUGAAAAAAACACUAUGCAUGAAAAGAACAUUGCAAUACUCCAGGAAAACAUCAAGAAAUUGACAGAACAGAAAAUAAAAGAUGAAAGGGAACAUAAUAAGAAAGUGAAAGACCUCACCCGCGAGAUAAAUGCAGAACGUGAUAAUUUCAGUGGAUUAAGUUACCAGUACAAUGAGUUAGUGAAACAAAUUCAAUCAUUGCAAGAAGAAAAUAGAUCGCUUACAAGAGAAAAACAAGAGUUAUUAUUAAGGUUAAGUAAAGUAGCAGGCGCAAACUUGACUUACAACAAUCCAAACAUAGCCGAUCUCAGUGAUGAGAAACGACCAACAAAAUUAGCAGAGGAAUUUUCAGAGUUGUAUGAUAAUGAAUGGACAGACGCGUUUGAAGAUUUGCAAUUCGAAAAUGAAAAAGAAAAGACCACUUUUAUGCUCGGACUUGUAAUGGUAUGGAAAUUUAUUUGCUUUCUUUUUAUUCAGAUAUCCGGGUGUCACCUGAUCAUUCGUCUACAAUGAGUCUUUGUGAUUUUU